AUGAUUCCUUCAUGUUUUAGUAAUCCCACUUCUGCUUCAAGCAGCCCCUCUUCAUCAUCUGUGUCUCAAAAUCUGGUUACAUGCAUUUAUCAAACUAGGAUUUUUGGCUCACCCAUUCACCUCACUCUUACUUGGUCCAAGAUUCUGUUUUCCCAUUCACUCACUAUCCACGCUGCGGAUGAUAUGUUCUCCAUCACACUUCCUCUCCAAGCUCCAACUUUCUCGCUGUUCCAGUCCCGGUCUGGGUCAAAGACAAUUCAGAAGAAGGUGAAGGUUUACUGGGAUUUCACGCGGGCGAAGUACGCCGAGAACUCGGCCGAGCCGGAGUCGGGGUUCUAUGUGGCUAUUAUUUGCCAUUCCAAGCUGGAAUUCUUUCUCGGGGACCGGCUCAGGGAGCUGGUCCAGCGGGCCGGGCCGGGCUUGGCUCGUUGCAUAGCGGCAGAGCAGGCCGGGCCGGGCUUGGCUCGUUGCAUAGCGGUAGAGAGGGCCGGGUUGGGCGUGGCACGUGGUGCGGGGUUGGAGCCCACAUUGUUGUCGAGGCGGGAGCACGUGUUCGGGAGGCGGAUGAGUUAUAAUACCCGGGCUGUGUUAUUAGGAACCAAACAUGAAUUUGGGAUAGAGUGUGGUGGGGGAGUGUUGAAAGUGAAAGUGGAUGGGGAAGUUAGACUAGUGGUGAAGAGGCUGGCGUGGAAGUUUAGGGGGAAUGAGAGGAUUUUAGUGGGGGAAAUGGAAGUAGAGUUUUAUUGGGAUGUGUUCAAUUGGGUCUCAAAAUGUGACAACAACAAUAAUAAUAAUAAAUUUGGGAAAGGGCAUGGUGUGUUUGUGUUCCAAAUUGGCGACGUCGGAGUUUGGCCGGAAAUGGAGGGUGUGGAGAAGAAACUAGUUAGGAAAAGUUUGUCGUUGACGACUGGUACGGUGGUACCACCGUCGUCACCGCUUUCGUUGUCGCCGUCGUCACUAUCCCCGUCGUGCUCCAGCGUGUUGCAAUGGGCAGAGGAAAGCAGUGACUGUGGACGAAGCCCAUGUUCAUCAAGUAGAUACUCUAGUGGGGGUUUCACUUUGCUAUUGUAUGCUUGGAGGAAAGCUUGA